AUGCCAGACUCAGAUAAUUUCUCUCUGAGUGGCCUGCUGGAAGAACUGGAACUCGAGAUCGAGGACCGUGAAAAGUCUUUGGAUCAGAAACGAACCCCUCUGCAGACGGACAAGUCGGCGACCGAACCGGUGGAUGCAGUCAUUCCUCCCAGCACCGCCACGGCCGACGACUGGCAGUUCAUGGGUCUUUUGGAGGGCUUGGAGGGCAGCUCGGCAGAGGCAUCCAUGUCUCGGAGUAAGGACAGGCAGAGCCUGGAGGGAAUGAAGCGAGAAACUCGGGAAGCUGCCAUCCAAGUUCCGCGGCCAUGGCCUGCGUCCGAUAGCCAGCUCGUGGCUUUCACCAGCCUGGCUUCAGAUGCCAAUUCUGCCUAUAGAAGCUACAUGGAGGAUGGCUCGCUUAGUCUUCACCCCUUUGAGCAAGGCUCAUCAGGCAGCUCCAGCGACCGUUGGGGCUUCUUUGCUGUCUACGACGGCCAUGGUGGCCGUGAGGCGGUAGACUACUGCGAGAUGCGUUUGCAUGAGCAGGUUGCCCUGGAGAUGAAAACGUCAAGUCCCCUAGAUGCAUUGAAAACGGCUUUCCACAAGAUCGACAGUCAGCUCGGCAUGUAUGGUGCUUGGAACCAUGGCACCACUGCAACAGUUGUGUUGGUGCAGGGAACCAAGGCGGGGCGAAGCCUCCACAUUGCGCAUGUGGGGGAUUCGAGGGCCGUUCUGAUUGAGAACAUCGGCUGCUGCAGAAGCCUCACCAAGGACCAUCGGCCCACAGAUCUGGAGGAGGCAAAGCGCGUCACUAAGGGUGGUGGGAUCGUGUCUGGCGGGAGGGUCGGAGGCGAUCUGGCCAUUUCCCGAUCGCUGGGAGACCAUCGUUUGAAAGGCAAAGGGUUGAGCUGCACUCCGGACUUGUCCACCGUAAGUGUUGCAUCUGGGCACGCGCUGAUCGUGGCGACGGAUGGCCUAUGGGAUGUUGUCAGCGAUGAGGAUGCUUGCAGGAUCGUCGAGAGGUCUGUUGAGCAAGCAGCCGGGGCGCACAAGAACCCACCAGAUGUUUCAGAAUGGCUCCAGCAGCACACUUCGCAGGAGUUGGUUGAUGAAGCCAAGCGGUUGGGGUCGAGAGACAACGUUCUGGUCCUCACUCUUUUCUUUUGA